CUCACGGAGCCACACACAUGUGAGCCAAAGCUUCCAUCUCCCUCUCUCAGCCCCGACUUCUACAAGCCCAUGGAACAUUUCUGGAAAGACGCUCUUGAUCCAGCAGGGUGGCCGGUCUGCUGCUGAGCCCUCUGCUGCGCGGGGAGACAGCUUGCGCCUUGCCGGAGGCCACUGGCCAUGACCAUGACCCUCCACACCAAAGCGUCGGGCAUGGCCUUACUGCACCAGAUCACUGGGACGGAGCUGGAGCCUCUGAGCCGCCCGCAGCUCAAGAUCCCCCUGGAGCGGCCCCUGGGCGAGGUGUACGUGGAGAGCAGCAAGCCCGCGGUGUACAACUACCCCGAGGGCGCCGCGUACGACUUCAACGCCGCGGCCGCCGCCUCCGCGCCGAUCUACGGCCAGGCGGGCCUCGCCUACGGCUCCGGGUCCGAGGCGGCGGCGUUCGGCCCCAAUGGGCUGGGGGGCUUCCCCCCGCUCAACAGCGUGUCCCCGACCCCGAUGGUGCUGCUGCACCAGCCGCCGCAGCUCUCGCCCUUCCUGCACCCCCACGGCCAGCAGGUGCACUAUUACCUGGAGAACGAGCCGAGCGGCUAUGCGGUGCGCGAGGCCGGCCCUCCGCCCUUCUACAGGCCCAAUUCAGAUAAUCGGCGCCAGGGUAGCAGAGAGAGAUUGGCCAGCACGGGGGAGAAGGGAAGCUUGGCCAUGGAGUCUGCUAAGGAGACGCGCUACUGUGCAGUUUGCAAUGACUAUGCCUCAGGCUACCAUUACGGAGUCUGGUCCUGUGAGGGCUGUAAGGCCUUUUUCAAGAGAAGUAUUCAAGGUAAUAGGCACAAUGACUACAUGUGUCCAGCGACCAACCAGUGCACAAUUGAUAAGAACAGGAGGAAGAGCUGCCAGGCCUGCCGGCUACGCAAGUGCUAUGAAGUGGGCAUGAUGAAAGGCGGGAUACGGAAAGACCGAAGAGGAGGAAGAAUGUUGAAACAUAAGCGCCAGAGAGAUGAUGGGGAGGGAAGGACUGAAGCAGGGCCCUCUGGAAACAUGAGAGGUACCGACCUAUGGCCCACCUCUCUUUUGAUUAAGCACACGAAGAAGAACAGUCCAGCUCUGUCCCUGACAGCCGAUCAGAUGGUCAGUGCCUUGUUAGAAGCUGAGCCCCCUAUAAUCUAUUCCGACUAUGAUCCUACCAGACCCUUCAGUGAGGCUUCCAUGAUGGGCUUGCUGACCAACCUGGCAGACAGGGAGCUGGUUCAUAUGAUCAACUGGGCAAAGAGGGUGCCAGGCUUUGUGGAUUUGACCCUCCAUGACCAGGUCCACCUUCUGGAAUGUGCCUGGCUGGAGAUCCUCAUGAUUGGUCUGGUCUGGCGUUCCAUGGAGCACCCUGGGAAGCUCCUAUUCGCGCCAAAUUUGCUGCUGGACAGGAACCAGGGAAAAUGUGUAGAGGGCAUGGUAGAGAUCUUCGACAUGUUGCUGGCAACGUCGUCUCGGUUUCGUAUGAUGAAUCUCCAGGGAGAGGAGUUUGUGUGCCUGAAGUCCAUCAUUCUGCUUAACUCAGGAGUGUACACGUUUCUGUCCAGCACGCUGAAGACUCUGGAAGAGAGGGACCACAUCCACCGUGUCCUGGAUAAGAUCACAGACACCCUGAUCCACCUGAUGGCCAAAGCGGGCCUCACUCUGCAGCAGCAGCACCGUCGCCUGGCCCAGCUCCUCCUCAUCCUCUCCCACAUCCGGCACAUGAGUAACAAAGGCAUGGAGCAUCUGUACAGCAUGAAGUGCAAGAACGUGGUGCCGCUGUACGACCUGCUGCUGGAGAUGCUGGACGCGCACCGCCUGCACGCCCCCAGCCGCCACGGGCCCCCGGCGGAGGAGCUGAGCCAGAGCCAGCUGCCCACCACCGGCUCCACCUCCUCGAGUUCCUUGCAAACGUAUUAUAUCCCCGGGGAGCCAGAGAAUUUCCCCGCCACAAUCUGAAGCU